AUGUCUGACCCUCUUGAAGGUCGACCCCAUCACCGAAGUGCACAGGCAGUCCGCUAUGGGCCCCAGGGCGGUACACCUAUCAAUCAGCGCUGGGAUGAUGCAUGGUCUUACACUGUUGGUACCGAGUCGCUUUUGUGGAAUUUCGAUCAAUGCCCAGUCAAAAAGCAGCUUUUGAGUAUGACUGUCCUGCUGUGUCUCUGUGUGGAAAAAGCCACUGCCAGCAAAUACCGAACCGAGGACCAUCGCACUGGGUUUUGCACCGGGAUUCCAGUCUUCGCUGAUAUUUCCAAGAGGAAGAUGGAAAAAGUUAAGAGAAAGGCCGAGAUUGGUAAGAGGAAGCUGUGGAAGAGAAAGAAGGUGAGCAAGUAG